GAUUUUCCUGCAGCUCGGUUCAGAUGCGUGGAGAGGUUCUGCAGGUUCUGGGUCAUUCGGAGUCGCUGCUCCUCCCGCCUGCAGCUGCAGCUCUGCGCCUCGGAUCAGCCGAGCAGCUGCUGAGCUCCGCAGCUCCAAGUCCGACUUAAAUAAACCCGAAAGGGGGAAACCGGGUUAAAGGUUAGUCUGCGUGAGGAAACUGAGCUCACUCUGUUUGCUGGAAGGAGUCGCACGCUGCAGACUGCGCAACGAUGAGUCCUGGAGCUGGUUUUAAUCAUCUGCUGUGCUUCGUGUUUUUACUCCCUGACGUCCUGAACACACAAACAGCACUCCCUCCUGAGUGUGCUGCUGGUGGCCACACGGUCCUGCAGGACCCCCAGCGCAGCCCCACCUUCAGCUCCAGCAGGCUGCAGGACCCGGUCUGCGACCACUCCCUGACCCCAGGCUGGUACCAGUUUCAGGUUUCUAACAAGCGGGCCAGCAUGCCCACUCAGUGUGUGGAGGUGGACCACUGUGGGACUCAGGCUCCGGUGUGGCUGUCCCUGGGCCACGGUGAGUCCCUGCCGGGCCCGCUGGAGGUGCGGCAGCUGACGGCCUGCGCUGCCUGGCAGAUGUUUCAGAGCAGCGUCAAAAACUGCUGCACGUUUCGUAUCCCGGUCACCGUCCGCAACUGUGGAGGUUUUUACGUUUACCUGCUGCGGCCCACGCAGGGCUGCACGGGCUACUGCGCAGAAGAGAUGCCAGAGACUGUACCUCCAACGUCACUUACCUGUGGUGCUGAUGAGGUGAACAUCGAUGGAGCUUGUAAAAUCAAUCAGCCUCCGGCUCCGUCGGUGCCGGCGAUCGUCUCAGAGGUGACGGGUAACACCGUCCACCUGAAGUGCAGCUUCCAGAGCAGCCUCAGCAGCUCCCUGGGCUUCGUGGUGGCCUGGUCCCGCCUCUCGUCUGAGGGCAGGAAGGAGGAGCUCAAACAGGAGACCACCGUCCACACCUCCGCCCUCAUCGAGCUGGACGGCUUCAACCUCCGCCUGGGGGACAAGAUUUAUUGCUCCAGCUCCAGUUUCUUCUUGGACUCACCAGAUGUGCGAAGUGCUUCUGUGGAAAGUCAGGAGUUUUUUGCUGGCAUUAUAACAGUUAAGGACGUUCCCGCAGCCUAUUGUUACUCCUUCACUGAUCCUCACAUCAUAACCUUUGAUGGCAGGUUCUACGAGAACAAUCAAAUCGGCACUUUCGUUCUUUACAAGAGCACUUUCUGGCCGUUUGAGGUCCACGUCCGUCAGUGGGAGUGCGGCAGCUUGGUGCACGCCGCCUCCUGUGCGUGUGGCUUUGCAGCGAGGGAUGGUGGCGACGUUCUCACGUUUGACAUGUGCGACGGGGAGAUGGGUGAAACCAAACCUCAGCUGUCGGUGAAGAACAGAGGCUCGGGCAGGAGCGGCAUUCAUAUCUCCAAGUCCUACCAAGGACGCAAAGUCACUAUAACUUUCCCCUCUGGAGCGUUUGUUCGUGYUGAUGUGUCCGACUGGGGAAUGAGUUUGACCCUGAGGGCCCCCAGUUCGGACCGAAACCACACCGAGGGUCUGUGUGGGACCUACGACGGGCAGCCCGACAAUGACCUCCACUCAGCAGGGGGCGCUAGGCUGAAGAGGCUGCAGGCUUUUCUUUCUGAAUGGAGACUCCCUGCAGGCAGCAGCCUGUUUGACUCUGUUCCGAACCACCUGAGCUCACCACAAACCCAGAGCUACUGCACCUGUCAGGCCAAUCCACACACGUCCUCUCCCAGAACCCAACAGCAACAAACCACCUCCACCUGUUCUGAUAGUGGAAUCGUCAGUUUUCCCAGUUUUAUCCCCUCUCUGGAUGUCACCGCCGAGUACAUCAGCUCAGUGGAGCUGCCGAAGAGAAAUCAAAGACGGUCCAGUAAAAAUACUCACAAGCAAGGCACUAUCAGAGCUCACAAACAGCCCAGACACAGCCGUCAGACCCAUGGUUUCACUCCCACACCUCCAACUCUGAGCCAGUCUAACCUGCAGAGCUUCUCCUACUUCUUCCCAGAAGACCACGAAGCCGCCGUUCAACCGGACGCCCCCCCGACGUGGCCCACACCCUCCGGGCUGACUCAGCAGCAGGCCCGGGCUCAGUGCCAGCGAUCCGUGGCCGACUCCAGCACGGCCUCGGGCUGCCGCCUCGUCCUGCGGCGGCCGACGAUCAGCCGAGCCGUAGCCAUGUGCGUCGCCGACCUGCAGCUGAAGGACGAGCCAUCGUGGCUGACGGCGACGCUGCCGCUGCUGGAGAACGAGUGUGAGAGGAGGCUGGUGGAGGACAGGAGGAGAGGCGAGGAACACCGAGACGCUCGGGCCAUCCUCAGGUGUCCCAACCUGUGCAGCGGGAACGGACAGUGCUCCGAGCAGGGCUGCGUCUGCUUCACGGGGUUUGGGUCGUACGACUGCAGUGCACUGACUGAUCAGAUUCCAGAGAUCAACCAGUUGGAGAAAGUUCUGUGUGACGUCCGUCAGGAGGACUGCCUCACCGUCCAGAUCCACGGUCUGGGCUUCAAGGACUCCAACGAGCUCAAGUGUGAAUUUGUUAAAGAAAAGUCUGACGAUGAUGAGGGGGUUCUACAUGCCCCUCGGUUUGUUUUGGCCACCUUUCUGAAUGAAACUUCUCUGGAGUGCCAGCUCCCCCUGGUGGACAGCCGGGCUCCUGCAGGCGUAGGAAACGGACCGGUGGCUCGCUGGCAGAUCAAAGUUUCUAACGACGGCUACAGCUUCAGCAACUCCAAAAUCCUGACUGUGUACGAUGGAGCGUGUCAGACCUGCAGCCUGGACACGGACCUCAGCUGCACCCUGAGGGAUCGAACCUGCAGCAUUGAUGGGAAAUGUUACAAUGAAGGGGAGUCCAGUCCCAGCAGCCGCUGCCUCGCAUGUCGCCCAGAUCUGUCCAAACACACGUGGUCCAGAACUGAGCAAAACAAACCUCCGCUGUUCCAGUCGCCUCCAUUUGGCCUUCGCUCCUUCCAGGAGGAGAAUUUCAUCUACCAGCUGCGAGCUGAGGAUCCAGAGGGCGCCACGGUUCUUUUCACCCUGGUUUCAGGCCCUGAGGGGGCGUCGCUGUCUCCUGCUGGCCUGCUGAGCUGGAAGGCCACUGCUCACUCCGCAGACACACACAUCAUUCAGUUCACUGUGACUGACGACUGCAGGGCCGAGACCAGAGCCUCUGUUCAUGUGUUCGUCGGUUCCUGUGAAUGUCUGAACGGAGCUUCCUGCGUCUCUGAUGGAAAYGUCCCAGCAGGCAGCGGGGCACACAARUGCGCGUGCCGGGACGGCUUCACRGGGCGGCGGUGCGAGGUGGACAUCGACGACUGCAAACCCAACCCCUGCAGACUCGGCCGCUGCGUGGACGGACCCAACUCAUUUUCCUGCAUCUGCCCACCUGGAAUGACAGGACAUACCUGCAGAGAAGAUAUAGAUGAGUGCUUCUCCCAGCCUUGCUUUCCUACAGUGAGCUGCACCAACACUCUGGGCUCGUUUCUCUGUGGACCGUGUCCACGAGGACACAGUGGUGAUGGGAAAACCUGCAGACUUCUGAGUCCUGAUGCAGGCAACCCAGAGGCGGUGACACCGCAGGUUUCACAGAGACUCAAACCGUCGGGUCCGCCCCCCUGCAGCAGAGCGCCGUGUUACCCGGGAGUCCAGUGCUUUGAAACGGUCCACGUCUCGGCGGGUUUUGCCUGUGGACCCUGUCCUCCUGGUCUUCAUGGAAAUGGACAAACAUGCACAGCUGGUCAGCGAACACUCAGCAACAUCCACAUCCCCGAGUCCAACUCCAGCCGAGACAGAGCUACGUCUUCACUGUCAGCCAGCAGGAAGUCCAGACCAGAGAGCUCCAGCCUCAGUAGAGUUUUUCCCCUCCAGGAGAGGAAGACGACAGAAACGCCACAGAAUCCAACAGAUUUUGCUGUUCCUGUCAGAGGUCAGCCCAGCGGGGUGGAGCUGACCCCUGACCUCUCAGCUGGAGCCAGGUUCAGGUCACCGGCCCACCGGGGGACCUGUGUCGACUCCCCCUGCUUUCCUGGAGUUUCCUGUGAAGCCACGGACUCAGGCUCCUCCAGGUGUGGGCGCUGCCCGUACGGAUACACUGGAGAUGGAGUUGUGUGUAAAGCUGUGUGCAGAUAUCAGUGUGGCAGGAACAUGGAGUGCUCUCUGCCCAACACCUGCACCUGCAAAGCGGGUUACACCGGAUACAGCUGCCACACAGCUGUGUGCCGACCCGACUGCAGGAACCAGGGGAAGUGUGUGAAGCCCGACGUGUGCGAAUGUCCUGCGGGCUACGGCGGGCCCACCUGCGAGGAAGCGAGCUGCGAGCCGCCCUGUCAGCACGGAGGCACCUGUCUGAGCAGAAACCUCUGUACCUGCCCCUACGGUUACCUGGGGCCCAGAUGUGAAACCAUGGUGUGUAACAGGCACUGUGAAAACGGAGGCGAGUGUGUUUCUCCGGAUGUCUGCAAAUGUAAACCUGGAUGGUUUGGACCGACGUGCAGCUCAGCUCUCUGUAAGCCCGUCUGUCUGAACGGAGGAUUGUGUCUGAAACCAAACGUCUGUGCCUGUCCCACCGGCUUCUUUGGAUCUCAGUGUCAAAUUGCUGUUUGCAGCCCGCCCUGUAAACACGGAGGUCAGUGCAUGAGAAACAACGUGUGCUCGUGCCCCGAGGGCUACACCGGACAAAGGUGUCAAAAGAGCGUGUGUGAGCCGACGUGCAUGAACGGAGGCAAGUGUGUCGGGCCGAACACGUGCUCCUGUGCGUCCGGGUGGAGGGGCAGGAGGUGCAGCAUACCCACGUGUCUGCAGAAAUGUAAGAAUGGCGGCGAGUGUGUCGGACCGAACACCUGCGACUGUCCUGUGGGCUGGGAGGGCCUUCAGUGUCAAACCCCGAUCUGCAAACAGCGCUGCCUGAACGGAGCGCGCUGCGUUCUGCCAGACCACUGCUUCUGUCGGAGAGGAUACAAGGGCCUCACGUGUGCAGUGAAGGCAUCACAAGCGUGAGAGGACAGGAAAACAGGAGGAGAGCAGCAAAGCAUGUUGUAAGAGUGUGUUUAAAUGUGUGUGUGUGUGUCUGUCAGUGUCGCCUUGUUUUUCCUACAUCGUGGGGACAAUUUUCCCGAAAAAGCAGCCUCGUGGGGACCGGACGUGCAUCGUGGGGACCAAUACCCAGUCCCCCCUAAUCCAAAUGCAUAUUACAGGUGGGGAGGUUAGGUUUAUGACCGAGGUGUGAAUUGAGUUUAGGUUAGUUUUAGGGUCAGGUAAGGUUCCUGUGAGGUUAAUUUUACGAUAAAUAGUCAGG